AUGGUGCUCUGGUGCCAAGGCACGCGGCCCCCCGGCGUGACCUACCAUGCCGGGCGCCCGCGCGAGAAGAAGGAAGCUGCCAAGAGGUCCCCCGGCUGCAAGAAGAUGCUCCUGCGCUCCCAGCGCCACCGUGACAAAACCGCGUGCCGCCUGCGAUGGCGGCGCGUGGACAACAGGGGCAGGCUCCGCAUCAGCAAAGGGCCCCGGUGGCCACAGCAGGCUGCCGCACCUUCACUCCGGAGCUGCGAAGCAUCAUCUGGCCGGGGAAGGGAGCCCAGCAGCCAGGCCGGCCCAUCUGCGUCAUGCCCAUCCAUCCCUCCUAACCCUAGCCCGAUCCCCUCGCAGCAUCUCUUCCUCUCGCUCCCGUGCCCGCCGCCACACCCGCACGCAGCCCCGAUCCCAUCUCUCGAUCCCCUGGCCACUCCUGCAUUCCCCGCUGGUGCUGUCGCCUCCUUCCAGCAAGCGCGCCCACCGGCGUCGACCACCACCACCAGGAGCUCCGCCGCGCCCGGCUCCGGCCACCCUCGAGUGUCGCCCCGCGCCGCAGCCGUCGUCAUCCACGCUAGCAGGAGCAUCGCACCGUCCUCGCACGGAUCCCCUUCGCCAUCCACAAGGCCCUGUGCCAAGUCCUGCUGCCGGGCGCCUCCUUCUCCUCCCCGUAGCCCUCCGCCGUGGCUGCACCUUCACCACCACACUCGCGUCGCUACCCGCGCCACGACCAAGCUGGCCUCCUGCUUCGACGUGGUUGCGCUGCAGCGCGUCCUCCCUUGCCGGCGUGAAGCCUCGCCUGAGACCGCCCUGCCUUGCCUCUGCGCCGCUCCGCCCCUCGUCUUGCCGCGUCCUCCCUCUGCCUCCUCGCCAUGGCCCUCGCGAGCUUCCUCGCGCUGCGCCCUCGUCCCGUUUCCCUCCUACCCGUGCUCCUCGUCCGGCCCCGCCGUCCAGCCGUGCCGCGCCCUCAAGCGCCUCGCCUCGCCGCUGCCUCCCCGCCACCCCGCAGCAUCUCGUCUACCGUCGCCGUGGGUUUUCCAUCAAGUUCGGCUACAGCACAAGGAUAUGUACAACUACGCGUAG